AUGAGCGCGAGAGCUGCGGGAGCGGCGCUGCUGCUGCUCGCGGCUGCGGUGUGUGGCGCCGGAGCACUGGAGCUGGUGCAGCUGUCGUCCUCGAAUUUUGAGCACGAGACGCAGGCGGCUACCGGGCAGACAACCGGCAGGUGGUGCGUGUUGUUUGUGGAGCAGGCAGCGGCGGGGGCCGAGGGCGCCGAGGCGGCGUGGGACACGCUGGCAGCUGAGGUGGAGGAGAUGGAGGUUGAGCGGCAGGCGGUGUUUGCAAAGGUGGAUGUCUCCACCAACCCCGAGCUGGCGCGCCGCUUCGCCAUCUCACAGCACCCGGCCGCCAUUCUCUUCCGCGACCGCGCGAUGUACCGCCUCCCUGCGCCCCUGCCUGCUGACGAGGACGAGGCCAGGCACCUGGCCAUGGACUUCCUGGCAGCCGGGGGCGCGUCCACUCCGGGCACCGCCGCCCCAGCUGGCGCCACGGGGGACGCGGCGGCGGCGGCGCUCGAGGCGGCGGCGGCGGCGGCGCGGCGGCUGGCUGCCGCGCUGGGGGAGACGGACGCGGUGCUGCGGGCGACGGGCUGGGCGGCGGCGGCUGUGGGGCUGGUCAUCCUCACGCUGGCGUCAUACCUGGGGGUGCACCUCAACUUCAACGCAGCGGAGCCCCGCACCCAGGCCGCACCCGCCACCGCCCCCGCCGCGGCCCCGGCCGCCAUUGCGACCGCCGACGGUGGCAGCGCCAAGGCGGACGGCACAGCGGGCGGCAAGGGGCCGGGGAAGGACGGCGGCGGCGCGGCCAAGGAGCGCGCGGAUUGA